ACCUCCAAAAACACACACACACAAACACAAACACGCUAAAAACACACACUGUACUUAAACAUAUAUUUACAGAGCUCCGUUCCGUAUCGUUCCGUUCCGAUCAGUUUCAAUGGCGACAUCAAAAAACUACUAUCCGAGAUCAAACUACCGCUACAUCUCCGGCGAAAUGAACAGCCAUAACGGAACCGAUUCCGUGUUCGAGCUCGACGAAUCAGACGUCUGGAACGUAACCGCCUCGCCGGAGCUUCGUAAAACCGUAACGAGUUCAAGGAUCUCGAAGAAAUCGUCAUCGCCAGUGGCGGUGAAACGGUCGGAGAUAGGCGGAACGGCGUCGUCGUUGCCGGUCAACGUCCCAGACUGGUCAAAGAUACUGAAGCAGGAUUAUACUCAGAAUAGGAGAGAUGAUGACGAUGAUGAUAUUGAAUAUGAGGACGGUGGAUUUGAGUACGGUAGUCACCGGAUUCCGCCGCACGAGUUUUUGGCGAGACAAAUGGCGAGAACGAGGAUAGCGGCGUCUUUCUCGGUACAUGAAGGAAUAGGACGAACUUUGAAAGGCAGGGAUCUGAGUAGGGUUAGAAAUGCUAUUUGGGAGAAAACUGGUUUUCAGGAUUAAUAUUUUUAUCUUUAAUCCUCCUCCUUUUUCGUAACACUUUUUGGAGUAUUAUCAUUAGAAUUUAAUUAUAUAUCGCGGAUUAUAUGUUAUAGAUGGUGAGAGGGAAUUUUGUAUCAUCAAUUUUGCUUGAAUUAAUUAAUUACUUACUAAUUAAACAUCGUUUUAUUUUGA